AUGUGUUGCCUUCAGCGUAUGGUAGACACGGCCCCGUUGUUGCAGAGCAAACCGAACCUUCCAGCGGACGUGGAGUUGCUGGGCGAUGGUAAGCCUGCGCGUAAGCAGAUUCCUGUUGGUGACCGUCAGUCAGAGCAUGCGGCAAGUGAACAGAUCCACCAGGAUAUUCUCGGUGCGGCAACGCGUGCUACACGCUCGAUCCUAUACAGUCUGCGUGAUCAAACGUACCGUCUUCAACGUACCCAGCUGUACAAGAUUCUGACAAACACGACGCAACCGAGUCACGCAAUAUCGGCGAUCGUGGUGUCAAUGGUGCUGGUCGCCCUCUGGCCCAAUCUGAUCAGUCGGCAGGGCGAUGACGACCAGAAGUGUAUGCCGAAUGUGGGUGACAGCCGUGGCAGUGCGUUGACACAGAUUGCCUACCUUGGCUCCUUUACCAUCCACUUUGGCGCACAAAUAUGGAUGACAUUCGUUUCCGGACUCGCUUUAUACUUUUCGUUACCUCGCCACACAUUCGGACUGAUUCAGGAGGUACUGUUUCCGAAGUACUUUACGCUCGGCACUGGCCUAAGCACCAUCAGCUUGGUCAGCUUCGUCGAGCUGCGCCGCAGUACACGGCCUGAACUAGCCGCCCGUAAUCUGGCCCACUGGGAUCCGGUCGAUCUGCUGCAGAUAGCUGCACUAGCCAUAACCGCUGCCCUGGAGCUGUUUGUACGCCUCUAUCUGGCACCACCGAUGUUGCGCCUGAUGCACGAAAAGCAUCGCAUUGAGGCACAGGCUAGCGUCGGGCAGGAGGUGGGCCAGUUUGAUGGAGCUGGUAAUGGAUCGCUGGAGCGCUCGCAUCACUACAAAGCGACGCACAAAAAGUUCCGCAAGAUACACAUGGCCACUGCUAUCCUCAACAUGGUUUCGCUAACGUGCACCUGUGUACAUCUACUGUACCUCGCAACACGGGUGACCAUAUAGAAAUGGACGUCGAUCG